AUGUCAAACAAAAAUAAUUGUAGUUUAUGGAUUGGAAAUAUUCCAUUUGAUUUAUCUGAAAAUGAGUUACACGAAAUAUUAUCUAGAGUUGGGGAAGUAGUAAAUGUUAGAAUAAAAUAUGAUAUAGAUAAAAAUGUAAGUAAAGGUUUUGCAUUUUGUGAAUAUAAAGAUAUAGAAACUUGUAUGUUAGCACUGAAAUAUUUAAAUGGUUAUGAAAUACGAGGAAGAAAAUUAAAAUUAUAUUGGGCUACUGAAGAAUCAAAAGAAAAGGCCAAUAAUAGUAUUUUUCUUAGUAACAGUAUAUAUAAUAAUAAUGUGGGUAAAAAUAAAUAUGAUAAAAAAAAUGAUAUGUUUGAAAAAAAUGUAAAUCCAAUUGAUUUAGGGCCAGAAAAUGGAAAUCAUAAUUUUAUGACAGAUUAUAAAAAUAACUAUAAUAAUAAUAAUAUUUAUUUUUCUAACAAUUUGGAAAUAGAUUUGACUAAUAAAAAUGGCAUACCAAAUGAGGGAUAUACAAAUGUAGGGCCAAAGUAUAAUAUAUUAAAAAGCUUGAAUUAUAAUGGCAAUAAAGAAAAUGGUUUAUGUAUAAUUAAAGAGAUAUCAGCAAAAGAGCAUAUAGGAAAUAUUAUGCACACAUUGACAACAUCUCAAAUUAUAUAUAUUUUAUCAUAUUUUCAAAAAUAUUGUCAAAAUAAUAUGAACAAUUUAAAAAUAUUUUUUCAAAAAAAUCAAACUGUUGCUUAUGCAUUAUUACAUUGUUUAUUUUUGUUAAAUAUAAUAAAUGAUUAUACUAUGAUAAAUAAUAAUAUAGAUAUAUGUGUUAAUGAGAAGGCAUAUAUAAAUAAAAGUGAAAGAGUUUUGCAAAUGGAAAAAAGUAAUAUGAAAAUUAAUAUAAAUAAAAAUUAUGAUAAUAUUGAAAUGAGAAAAGGAAAUAUAAAUGAUGAUAUGUAUGAUAGUAUGAAUUAUUCGAAAAAUAAUAAUUAUCUUGAUGCAUCUUUUUCAAAUUUAUAUAUGAAUGAAGAUAAUGCACAAAUGGAUAAAGGUUUAUAUAAUAAAAACCGAGAUGAUGGAAUAUUGAAACAUAAAAAAAAUAUUUUAUCUUCUACACCUUCAUUAGGUUUUAAUAAAAAACAAAAACAUUCUCAUAGUAAUAAUAGUUCAGGAAAUAUUGUCUCAAAAAAUAAAGGAAAUACAUUACCAUCUGGAUUAUAUGGAUAUAAAAAAGGAAAUAAUUCACAUAAUAAUAAAUAUGGAAGUAAAUAUAAUUUUACUCAUUUUAAUUAUAAUCGAAAUCGAAUAUAUAAUAAUGAUGAUAAUUCAAAUACUAGUGGUUAUGUUAAUUCAUAUAAUAAUUCCUCUGGUCCUUCAAUUUCUAUUCAUGGAAAAAGUCAGACUAAAAAGAGUUUAUAUGGUAAUUCUAAUAUGAAUAAAUAUAAUAACGACCUAAAUUAUGAGAAUAAUCAAUUUGAGAGAAAUAUACAAUCGGGUGCAUUACUUAACGGGGCAAAUCAUUCAAUAAUACCUGAACAUGUGAAUAAUGAUAUUAUAAAUAAUAAUAAUUAUCAAUCUGAUUAUAUGUCUGAUUAUUCACAUAUGGAUUCAUCAGGAAAAGAUGCAAUAGAUCCAAAUUCAGGAUACUAUCAAAAUAUUUCAACAGGAAAUAAUUUAUCAUCUAAUUAUAUGGAUAAAAAUAAUUUUCAAAUGGGGGGAGGACAUUUUAAUGAAUUAUCACAAAAAAAAAAUAUGAAAAAUAUAAAUUUAAUAGAAGGGAAUAAUACAAAAGAUGGCAUAAUAAUAAGUUCAGAAAAUGAUACGUUACGAAUUCAUGAUAUACAUAAAAUAAAAUUUAAAGGGUUGUAUAAUAAUAAUUCUGGAAAUGUAUCAUCACAUGUUAGUAAUGAUAUAGAUGGUAUAUAUAAUAAUGAUAAUAAUAAAAUAGAAAAAGAUUUAUCAAAUUCUGUACAAAAUUCAAAUAUUAUUUUAGAUCCAAUUUAUGACACAGUUGAUACCCCUGAUGAUGAACUUGUAAAUGUUAUCAUAAAAGAUACAAACAUAUUAAAAAAUAUUUUACGCUCAAAAAUAGAAGAUAUGAAAAAUUGGAGUGAUGAGCAAAGAAUUCAAGUAUUGUCAAUACAAAAGGCUCUUCAAUUAAAGGGGUACUCCUUGAAAUAG